UUUGAAAGGCGCGGAGCGGAAGUGGCCGGUUGGCGCUGAGUGCGGGCAGCAGCAGCGGCAGAUCGCGUCGCAUUCCAAUGUGAUCGAGAUGUGAUGGCUCUGUGGACUUCACGCUUCCAAACCCCGUCUUCAGGCGCAGUUUUCACGGAUAAAAUGUCCAACCAGAAGGAGGCUAGCCCUUGUCCCGAUGGCUACAGAGCUCUCAGCACCGCGGAGCUGCGCGAGCUCUUACAGAACGGCGACAAAAUGGAUGAAAUCAUCCGACUCAGUGAGAAGUUUCAGGAGCUCCAAGUGGACAGGGAGAUGCUGCUGACCUCCAACCGGAGCUUGGCGGAGGAGAGCCUCGCUCGACGACCCCGUCUCAACAACAGCAAACUCCAGCUGGCAGAGAAGUACGGGGAACUAUCCGGCCUUGUAACGACAUGCUGGGAAAAACAGAAUCAACUGGCUCGCUGCCAGAAGCACGGCCUGCACAUGGCGCAGAACCUCCUCCAGGAGGAGGUGGCUCAUUCUGAGGAGCACUCUGAGGAGCUGCUGGAGAAAUUUAUGGAGGGGAACGUGAGUCUGGACCAGUUCUUGGAUUCCUUCCAAAGCUCCAGGAAGACGUAUCACAUUCGUCGGGCUCAAGCAGAGAAGAUGCAGGAGGCUGUUCAAGCCCAGAAGCAGCCAAGCAAAACCAAGCAAGCGGGGGAGAACCAAGUCCCAGUGGGGAAGAAGGACUCCGAGCUGCCUCAAGAGCCACAGCGGCCCAACGGUUUCGUAGCACAGGGACCUCUUAGAGUGUUCCAAGUACGCUACGGCUUGACGCCGGCCAUCCUCGUCCCCCAUUACCCUGUGUCCCCCCCUCCCUCAGCCCCUGGGCUACAAAGCAGAACCUCUCAUUCUGAAUCCCAAGGACAGAACCACAUCCUCAGCCCCAGUAACCCACUUCCAGGACACGGCCAGCCAGUUGGCCUCAGGGUCAUUGGACAGCUGUCUGGUGGCUGGCCUGCUAACGGGAGGCCGGUCCGAGUGCAGCAGCUUUACAGACCAAACCCUCAGCAGCCAGAACCGCCAUACCGAUAAGCUCCAGGUGGGUCAGAGAGACGGCUGGAGAGGUCUUCCAGGACCAGAAGGUGGCUGAUCAUGAUCACGUCGGCUCAGGCUGACCCUGACCGGCAGCGCUGGAGAUCGAAGUUUCUGUUCUUCAUUCAUAACACACCGGGAGCAUCAAGGGAGCAGAGCAGAGAGGUAGAGAGGAACCAGGGAAUCCCGUUUGGAAACCAGUAAACAAAUCUCCUCACAGUCCGCCCUUAGAUCUCGUUUUAAUACUUUAGUAAAACGAGAUCAUAAAGAUGUGGGGAAAACAGCUUCACUGGCUGCAGAUCAGAUGAUUACAGCUCAACCAAGUGAUGAUCCUCAGAAACGAUCACAUGCUUUAUAAUGCCCUCUUUGUGUGUUUAACAUCUCAUCCUCAUCAGAGCGAAAAACCACCCAGUUUCUGUGUUGUCAGCCAAACAAAACCUAAUGAAAAACUAGAUUUUAUGUUUAUUUAAAUCUGUAGUUUAGUAAAGAUGAGAUUUGACUCAACACUGGAUUUUGAACCCCGCCCCCUGUGAGUUUUAAAAGUAAUUUAAAAGUAUUUUAUUGUGUGUUUUAUAUCCUCAGAGUUGUGAAGCACAUCUAUUAAUCAGGAUCUUAUUGUUCAUUCGUGCAUCUGGAAGCAGAGGAAGCUCUGUGAGAUCUGAGCCGUCAUCCAGAUGAAUGAUGACACCAAUAAAACCGCCUCUAAUAAGCCUCUUGUCUGAUCAAAGUCGUGAAGUCCAUCCUUCCUGAGGUCGCAAACGUUGGUGUCGAAUGAAUCUCCACUGGGCGAAGUUUAGACAGAUAUCCCGUGGAGCCGAUCGGGUGGUGUUGACUCCUUCGAUGGUCACUGAAGUCUGUGUUAUUUGUGUGUUCGGAUCACCGGUGAUUACCCAAAGCCUUCAGCCUUCUUGUGCAGUUUCAUUAACACCGUUGCAGCUCACAUCAGUGGGCGAUUUAUUUAUUCAUUCAUGUAAAUCCCAUUUUAAAUGGCUGACUUCAAAGCUUUUUUUUUUUGUUUACAGCGCUAAUCGAAGAGCUGCUUCUCCUUUCAAAGAAGCCAGUGUUUUUAUUUCUUUUUCAGAAUUGAGCUGCGGAGUGAGAGGAAAUGGAUCUCUGUGAGAAUGUCAGCACUCUGCAAGCACAUAGUCAGAAUCAACACAGGUUUAAGGAUUUUUGUUAUCUGUCUUGCAGAUGUACUAUAGAGAAACACUUGGGAUUGUAGUUGCAACGGUUCUGCUCUUGAACAUACGUUCAUAAUAACUCAUAAGUGCAUGCUUAGUACAGCUCGAGUACACGAAAAUGCCUUCAGUCAGCCAGCGCCCAGUUGCAUAAAACUUAAUCUACUGGAAAAACAGCAAGUUUUAUUUACAACAUUUUUUUGCUGUUGUUGUUUUAAGUGUCAUUUUGGUCUCUAACACCAAAAUGAGGUUGAAUGCUGACAUGCAUUUGCACAAAUAAAGGAAGUUUAGGCCAAAAGUGUGUGUGCAAAAGUUUUGGUCGUGCUCUUUGAGGAUGAUGCAUCAUUAGCCGAAACCAGAACUGCAUUUUACUAUUUUAAUGAAUGAGAUUCCAGUCCAAACCAAAAUUUUAAUGAGUAAUUUUAUUGCUCUGUGCUCCAAAUGUCCGCUUGGUGCCAUAAAAUUCAUAUAGACACCAGAGUGGUCGAGGAACUAAUGAGCUUCUGGGUAAACACACCAAUAUUCUUAGUCUUGUUUUUGUUUGGUCUGUUGCUUUUACAUUUUCUUUGUGGAUUUUUUUAGUAUUUUUGUUCGCACCAUUGGGAUGAAAAUGAUGGCCAAAACUUGUCAUGUUUGUAUUUAAAGGUUGUAAAAACAUUUAGUUGUGAGAACAGUGAGGAUAAAGUAUAAUAAAGUAUUUUUGAAUUGAAUUGAAUAUAAAGUUUUGUGAAUGGUAAACGACGAACAAAACUUCUGAAAUAGUUCUUCCACUCAGAUAGUUGUUCUACAUUGUACCCGUUUGGUUAUUGGAUUAAACCACCACUACAUGUUGAGAAAGAACAAUCUGACCUCAGUUUUCUUUAAUAAAUUCUAUUUUUCUUUAUUGGGUCUCUUUUGGGACUCCAGAAUGUUUUGGUGGCUGUAUCUUGAGGUUGAUUCCAUUUUUGAAAACAAAAGAUUAAAUCAUAAGAAUGUUUGCAAACCUCCUAAAAAGUUCGGUGCAUCCCUCCAAGGCGAUGACAUCACAGUGAAGGCUGUCUGAAUUUGAAGCAUACUCAAAAGGACAGGUCUGUUGCAUCUUUCCUGGCACAAGCUAUCCCAGGAUUCAUUGCAGGUUGAACAGAGAAUUAACUGAUGGCAAAGGAAUGAAACGCUUAAAGGGAUUCUCUCUUAAGCUUGGUGAUUGUUAGGGCCGGGCAAUAAAUUUAUCGUUAUCAAAAUUUUGGACUCUUACCGAGAUAAUUUUUCCCAUGUCAAUAAAUUUGAUACUAGAAAAAUGAAAAGAUGUGUGUGGUUGGCAACGUUCAUGUCCCUUUAACUCAUUCACUGCCAGCCGUUUCCUGGUCGCUAAAGCACUUCGCUGCCAGUGUUUCUCAUCGUUUUUACUGUUGUUUAAAGAGUCACUGAACGUUGCGCGCUAGGAUGAGGUCGACGCCAAAACAACCAAAACAAAGCGGAGACUCACCUCUUACAUCAGGAAGAAUCUGCGUGUUUUGAGCGUUAUCCGUUCUUUCAUAAUCCGUUGUUGAAUUGUGAUCGGCAGACGCUUUUCCGGUUCGCGCCUCACUUUUUUUUUUACAGCAGCGGCCCAAAACGAUCUCCUAACACAUGGAUUUUCUGCUUCCUGUUCACGUGACGUAUGCGGAUGAAGAUCGGCUUCAGAGCUGAGAUGUUUGUUCUCACGGUGUGGGGGCUCGUCCGACGCCCACUCAGUAAAAACAUUGGCAGUGAAGAGUUGGAUUUUAAAUGGCAGUGAAUGAGUUAAAAAAAACUGUACAAUUUGAGUCAUGUAAAAAUGUGACUCAACGUACUAGCCCCAUCUAGUGGACAACCUUUGUUGUUACCUGUAGUUAUUGUCCAUUUAUCGUUAUUGAGGUGAAAUCCUCAAUAUAUCGUGAAGUUGAUUUUAGGCCAUAUUGACCAACCCUAGUGAUUGUUAAAUAUAUUUUUUGUCAAACGUUAUGAUAAAACUCCUCGUAAAUGACCGCUUAAGCCAUCGUGGUUGCUAGACAAUAAGUACAUGGUUAGGUAGGGGGUGGGAAUAAAUAUGAAUCCUAGACUUUCCAAAUUCACAGCUGCUCGCUUCCAGUCUUUGUAGUUGAGAAAGAACCCAACCGAUGUGGACCUGUUAGGACGUGUCUUACCGAGGACGCUGCCCCUGAAUUUAGACACAGCUAUAAUCUUCUCAUCGUUACAAGGGUGCUCCACAAGGUUCAGUCCUUGGGCCCUACUUCCCCUGACUUCUGUUUUUAUCAUUAUCUUUGCUCUUAUACAGAUGACAAGAUGCACAAUAUAAACUAGAAAUUAGGACCUGAUUUGCACAAAAAUUUGUCAAACGUAACUUCAUGUCCAGUACUGCCUAAUUUAUUCUCAGAACAUCUAUAUUCUACCUCAUUUUCAUUCUGUUCUAGGCUAACAGCCCCUAGAUGCGUUUGCUUAGCUUCAUAUAUGAUUCGACAGUCUGAGGGGUGUUAACUGCUGGAUCUCAGAGAAAAUGAUCCUGACAGAUUUUGGCUUAUGAGGCAACUGGGCGCUGGCUCCAAACAUUCUGUGUCCACUCAGGGUCUUUUGGGAGAAAAGCAACGCCGCUACGGAACCUGAAGCUCAUACCACCCCAGGGUGAUGAUGAGCUCAUGAACAUGGACCUCAUACCCGCCCUCUUCAUGUUAUCAUAAACAUGGUGACACCAUCUUACUCCAGACAUUCCUCUGUUGCUGUGAGAUUUUACUAAAACGAGGCUCAAGUGUCAUCAUGGCUCCCAGUCCUGGUAGUGAUUUUUCUUGUGCAACACCUCUGUCUGAAGCAUCGACGGGGGCGGGUUUUCAUUUUAUGUAUGUGUUUGGGGGGAAAAGAAUCAAAAAUGAUGUGAAGUGCUUGUUUCUACAACUGUGGAUGUGUUUGUCGGGUCUGUUUUCUAAAGAGAACUCCUCCCAGCAGCCUUCUUACAGGAGAGAAUUUUAUUGUAAAUAAGUCACGGCCUCGCAGAUUUCAGAUGCUCGUCUGCAUUAAAGAGGAUCUCGUACAGAGGCUUCAUGGCCGCUGGCGCUCAGGCCAGACGAUUAGGAGCGACGGCAAAGCUGGUCAGCUCUGCAGCGCGUAAGGCUGAGCUAAUAGUGUCCAUGUGAGCUCAUAGGCGUUCCUGCUUUGUAGCCUUAUGGGUGCGGGUGGCUGUCAGCGCCCUUCAAAGUAAAAUAAAAGAGAAUAUUUACAAUAAGGGUAGUGAGGAGCAGCAACAGCUACUUCCCUCUCAGAAUAACUGUCCUUAGCUAUUAAACAAUAGCCCCAUUCCCACCUGUACCGGGUCGGCCCGGGCCGGGUAGCGUAGGUUGUUUACAUAUCUGGGUGGCCUGGAAUUUUCCCGGGCCAACCAAGGCUCAUUCUCGGCCCUCUUCCCGAGGGGUACUGCUUCAGGCCGACCAGGGCCAACACGCCCACUGCUGACAGCAAAUUCACACCUUCCAUUAGAGCAAGCCUCUGAUUGGUGGGUAGAAUCAGCCCAUUCACACCUUCCAUUAGAGCAAGCCUCUGAUUGGUGGGUAGAAUCAGCCCACAUGGGCUUAAGACAAGGAUGUGUGGAAUCAACCGGGCCAGGCUGGGGCCGACUGGGGCUACCCGGCCCGGGCCGACCCGGUACAGAUGGGAAUGGCCCAAAUGAUUUUACAGCCAGAGUAGGAAGUUGUUUUUAUUUACCUGCUUUUUGCCUGAUACUCAGAUUACAAAUACACACAAAGAGACAGAUUUAAGGAAAAACCCCAAAAGCACAAAGCCUAGAAUGGAGUAGCACCAACUGGAAGAUUUUUUGGGAUUUGUUAAUUUCCUGUUUACCAUCUUUAGCUAACAACAUGAAAUUGUCUCCGAAGAACAAGCAAACCUGACUCAGACACAUUUAGAGAGCAAGUCACCCCCAAAUCAACUGGGUCAGCCAGUUGAUCGUUCCAAUUGAUCCAAACUGAAAUGGUUAGACUGAUGGGUUGAACGAUUUUCCGUGCAGUUUUACCCUCUUGACUUUUCAUUGGUGUCCGCUCACUUCCACUACUAAUGACCUGAUUUACCUCAGCUGUAUUUUAGGUGUUCAGUAUCUCAAAUUUGUUCCUUUUAGUGCAAAAUAAUCUGACUUUUUCAGAUAUUUUAUUUGUAACGGGUCAGAAAACCACAUUCUGUGUUUAAAAGAAAAUCAUGUUACCUUCCCUGUUUUUAUGCAUUUUCAUGUCACUUCCAAGGAUCUUCAUAGCCGACAGGUUCUCACAAACAAACCUAAAGAUAACCAUCAGCGCAGUGCAUUGUGAUCGUACAAAGACUGCACGCAUCUCCUCUGAGGCGAGGAAGUGAAACUGGGCUAAAUCUACGUUUGAGUCAGGGGUGUCCAUAGCCUAGAAAUCUAGACAACCCGUAGUAAAAGAUUUUGUUCUGCAAGUUGGUUUAGCCACGCUCCAUUGUAGCCUCAGCAGGUCUACAGUUGGCUCGCCUCUAGACCAGGCCAAUCGCAGCGCUCUUUGCUUCUAGAGAGAUGUUGCGUUGGCUUAGCAUCAGAGCAGUGGUAGAGAAAAACUACAAAAAUGGCAUCAGCUCGUUUUAAACGGCGUUUGCAUCCACUUUGGACAACUUAGACUUCAGAGGUACAGAAGUCAUUUAUUUAAAAAUAUAUGUAUUUUCUUAUUUGACAGUUCUGCCUCACUGACUGAAAAAGAUGUCAUGUCCUGCGUUGUCCAGUAGCAUGCAGAGACGGUUUGAAAGACAACCGUAGAUCCCGCCCCACGACUGAGUUCCUUCUAUGGGUCGUGGCCAGACUAUAUUAUAAAGGAAGGCUUGCCAGGCUAGGGUCAAAAUCAUCAAUAGUCCCGGUGGGUUACAAGAAAAGCGACUUUAUGGUAAAAAAUUUCUGUCCAAAAUAGGCAUGUUGGUAAUAAUCUGAACAAAACAAUGAUAAAGUGGAGAAAGUGAUGACAACAGCCUGCAGGUGGGGCUGUGCAAAAUUUCUCCGAGGGCCACAAAUGGCCCCUGGGCCAGACAUGCCUGGUCGGUAGGCUUUAUUGGCCACCUAUCAGUCUGAUUAUGUGGUGCUAAAUCAGUGGAGGCUCUGGUUGCUGUGCUAAUUAAAAAUUGGUAAAUAAGUAAUUAAUAGUCAAAUGCAGCUCAGUGGUUGCUAUGGUUCAUGCUCUGAAUACAGCUGUACCUUUAACUUUUUAAUGUUUGGAUAAUUUAGAAAUGCUCAGAACCUGGAUUUCCCCCCCCCCCCACCCCCCCCCCCCACCCCCUGUUUAGGCGUCUGUUGUCCUAAACAUGAUUGGUAUGAAGGAUGUGCCUGAAAGAGAGGAAGAGAUCUGCAGCACAUUUUCUCUCUGACCCAAAUUUAUCAGUUCAGAUGUUGAAAGGAGGCUGCUGGGGAAGUUCCUGUGCAUGCUGAGCUUUUAUGUAAGCUGUCUGGUGCUGAUUAGUCGUUGAAGACCACUCUCAGCCAACAUUUCAACAUUCAAGUGACCUUAAAUAACAUGUUUACACGUGAAAUAAUCACCACUUGCUUCCCACUUGGAUCCAGGAGAUGUAAAUAAAAUACAUUUGCAACUGA